UACAAUAGGGUUUGGAUACCUGAUGCUGAAGAAGUUUGGAAAUCAGCAGAAAUAGCAAAGGACUAUAAAGUUGGAGAUAAAGUUCUUCAUAUUAUACUAGAAGAUGGAUCUGAACAAGAUUAUUCUGUUGAUCCAGAAACUCUUCCACCAUUACGAAAUCCUGAUAUACUUGUAGGAGAGAAUGACCUUACAGCACUUAGUUAUCUUCAUGAACCUGCCGUCCUCCACAAUCUCAAGAUACGUUUUGCUGAAUCCAAACUUAUUUAUACCUACAGUGGCAUUAUUUUGGUUGCCAUGAACCCUUACAAAGAGUUGCCCAUCUAUGGAAAUGCUAUCAUCCAUGCUUAUAGUGGGCAGAACAUGGGAGAUAUGGAUCCACAUAUAUUUGCUGUAGCAGAAGAAGCAUAUAAACAAAUGGCCAGAAACAACAAGAAUCAGUCAAUAAUUGUGAGUGGAGAAUCAGGGGCUGGAAAGACAGUGUCAGCCCGAUAUGCUAUGAGAUACUUUGCUACAGUCAGCAAAUCAAGCAGUAAUGCCCAUGUGGAAGAUAAAGUUCUGGCCUCUAAUCCCAUAACUGAGGCUGUUGGAAAUGCCAAGACCACCCGAAAUGAUAACAGCAGUCGGUUUGGAAAAUAUACUGAAAUCAGCUUUGAUAAAAGGAAUCAAAUUAUAGGAGCCAACAUGAGAACUUAUCUUUUGGAGAAAUCCAGAGUUGUCUUUCAAUCAGAAAAUGAACGCAAUUACCACAUUUUUUAUCAGCUUUGUGCCUCAGCGUUGCAGCCUGAAUUUAAACGCCUUAAAUUGGUGAGUGCAGAAGAAUUUAAUUAUACAAGAAUGGGAGGGAAUAUCAUCAUUGAAGGAGUGAAUGACAGAGCAGCCAUGGUAGAGACUCAGAAGACAUUUGCAUUGCUAGGCAAUGGUGAACCACUGGAUGUUUUAGAGCAGAUGAGUCACAUGAUCAUAAUGGAUCAUCAUGAUUAUUUGGGCCAGCAGUAUGGAGGAUGGCUUGGGAGAAGAAACAGGCUGGAG